ACCUAAUCGCCUUGAGAGGCAGUGGGUUUAUGGAAUUCACAAACGAGGAGAGAGAAAGAGAGAGACAGAUUGACAGAGAGACAGGUAUAGAUUACCAGGAGAGGCCGGAAGCAGCUCAUCUGUGCAGGUUGUGUCUCUCUAUUUAACCAGACAUGAGUAAUCGCUCCAUAGCCUGGUGGCUGAACCAGAUAGGACUGCCUCAGUACACCAAGACACUCGAGAGAGAAUAUUAUGGCUUAGAGGGCUUGCUUUCUGUAUGUGAUGUGGAUCUGCAGGAGGCAGGAGUAGAGGAUCCCAACCACAGAGCCCUCCUCCUCUCUCAGCUGCUACGGCAACAGAAAACACAGGAAACCCACUCUGGUGCAGUUGUGGUUGGGAGGAGAGUGAGCAGGAAGUAUUCCCUGGGCUCAUCUAUGGACCUGGGGAAACCUAGGAAGGAUCUAUUCCGUCAGAGUGUUCUACCUCGCCUCAGGCGCACGGACAAGGUCACGGCCUCCUGCUCACAGCUCCAUCCACUGGAUGAGGGGUUCAGUCUGGGACACGGUGCUGGGCCGGAUCACGGUCUGACAAGCAAACGCAGUAAAAGAAGGAGUGUGAGUGCUUACCUGAGUCAGCUGAAGAUUUUUGGGGGUGGCAGGGAGAUGGACUCUCUGAAGAAGGAGCUGGAGGAGGAGCUGAAGAUGUCCACUGAAGAUCUGAGGAGCCAUGCCUGGUACCAUGGACCCCUACACAGAGAGGGUGCAGAGGCUCUGCUAAGGAGAGACGGGGACUUCCUGGUUCGAGAAUCAAGCUCCUCCCCCGGUGACUAUGUCCUAAGCUGCUAUUGGAAGGAUGAGCCAAUGCACUUUAAGAUCAUCAGGGUGGUACUACGGCCUAAGAAGGGUUACUCCCGUGAACUGUUCCAGUUUGAGGGGGAUCGUUUUGACAACAUUCCUGCCCUGGUGCGUUUCCACGUGGGAGGCCGUCAACCCGUCUCCCAGGCCUCCGGAGCUGUGAUCUUUCACCCAAUCACGCGCACCCUGCCGAUACGUGUCAUCAGCGAGCAGGAGGCGGAGCGAACUGCCAGUUUAAGCCCCGACACUCUCUCCAGGACAGGAUCAAGGAUAGACCGCACCAAGAGACUCAGCUUCAACCAAGCACAAAUAGACAACUUGAACGUUGGCAGCACACUGCUCAGGAGUGGGAGCCAGCCAUCCAACUUAGAUAAUCUGGGCAGAAGACCCUCAAUGCAGACAGCCCAGUCAGACAGCAACCUUCGCACAGGGGCGCCUCAGAGCAGUCAAUCAGAGGACGUAGGCCCCGCCCCCAUCUCCCCUGUGUUCCGAACGGGAAGCGAACCUAUGCUUAGCCCCGGAACCCUCAGACAAACACGACCCUCACACCCUGGUGGAGGUGCGACGCUACGAGGUUCUGAUGGACAGCUGCAUACCCGAGCCCCGCCCAAACCCCUUAGAGUCUCCACCUUCUUUCCUGGAGCUCCGCCCAGCAGUCACCGAGAUGACCCCUCCGGUAUCUAUGAUGAACUAGUCAUCCAGGUGCCUGAGCCCAAGCGGGGUCACGUAGACAGGCUGCGUGUUGAGGAGAAAUGGCAGAGCAGAGCCCGGCUCACAGAGACCUCGUUCGGCUUCCUGGAGGCCCAGAAGAGCGGGGAGUUCCAGGGGUUACCAUUUGACAGACAGGGAGAGGUAGAAGAGUCACACUUUGUGAGGCCACAGGUGGAGACUGUGUCGUGUUUCAGACUGGACCAGUUUGAGUCCCUCCUGCUCCCGGACAACAACAGACCUUUGGACCCAACAGUUCUGCUGAACCUGAAAGAGCUGCUGACACGCUCCGAUCCCAUGACAACCGCUCUGCACAUGCUCAGUGUUGACUGCCAGGUGGCUCGUAUUGUGGGUGUGACAGAGGAGCAGAAGAGGAUUAUGGGAGUUGGCUCAGGUCUGGAGCUGAUCACUCUUCCCCAUGGACAUCAGCUUAGACAGGACCUGCUGGAGAGGCACCAACUGCUGGCCUUUGGUGUUGCCGUAGACAUCCUGGGCUGCACCGGGACGGUGGGUCAGAGGGCCACCGUGCUGCAUAAGGUCAUCCAAUUGGCCAAGGCCCUAAAAGACCACGCCCACAACCUGUACUCGUUCUCAGCUGUCAUGAAGGCCCUGGAAAUGCCCCAGGUGGUUCGACUGGAGAUGACGUGGCGUGCAUUACGGAGGAGUAACACAGAAAGCGCUGUGUUGUUUGAGAAAACCCUCAAACCCUUCAUGAAAGCUCUCAAUGAAGGAGAUGACUCUGUGGUGGAAGGUCCCUUGGCUGUGCCCCACCUGGUACCCCUGUUGAAGCUGAUGGAGGGAGAGGACCUGGGGGACAACACAGAGAGAGGCUGCCAGCUGUUGUUUAACACCCUGCAGGCAGCCCGCAACGCUGUGCUACACUCCCCCAAGUACCAUCAGCAUGCCAACAGCCUACUAAUAGGUGGCUGGGAGCCAAUCCCUGAGCUGUUGGAGGGCUUCAGGACUGAGUUUGCCUUGAGACUGUUCUGGGGCCAGAGUGGAGCAGAGGCCAGCAGACAGGAACGCUACGACAAGUUUGAAAAGAUCCUCAACGUGCUCUCUGACAAACUAGAACCCAGCAAGGGGUUCUCCCCCGAAACUCUGACCCCAUGAACCUCACCCUUGACCUCCACAAUGAAGUGGGCCGCAAUCCGCAGGGAGUGGCAUUGCAGGACGGUUUAGAAAUGUGAACCCGUUGAGCUGGGUUGUAUUCAUUACAUCCCGUCGAAAUAAAACGUUACUGAAAACACCAUAGAACCAUAGAACUGAAAACACCAUAGAACGUAUCGGACCAGUUGGGCAAGUCCUUCCGUAUUGCAGUCAGUGUUCUUCCAUUUGGUUUCUAAUGAACUUGACCCUGGACUGAUCUGGGUUUUCUAUGAGCACUUGGUUCAGUACCAACCCUGACUGAACAGGAGAGGGCUGGUUCACCUAAUAAACCCUGACAGGAUCAACCACCCACAUGUCACCCUAUUCACUAUAUACUGCUCUACAUUGGACCAGGACUCCUAUAGACAACAGUGCAGUAAGUAGGGAAUAGGGCGGCAUUCGGGAUGCGCCACCAACAGUGUGGUUUCAGGUCUACUGGCUGUAUACCUGUUCAGGUGUGUUUUCCUGCUGAGUUUACCUGUACAUGGUUAUGUGUCUAAAUCCUCCUUGUGUUCUCUCAGAACCGUAUAGUGAGAACAAAUGUCCACUGUCAAUAAGCAUUUCAAACUGAAGAACACGAAAGAGCACGUACCCAGCUACCCGGCCCUUCUGCAUGAUAGCUGGGAAGCCCGGAAAACGAAGCACGCAUCAGAAACAUACUUUUCUCAUUCCUAGUAUUAAUUGCGAUUGUUAUGUAAGUACAGAAGUAUAAUUUUUAGCACACUACACAGUUGUCAUUGUAACCUAAAUAUGCAUUAUUUUAUUGUUGACACCGAAUACUUCUACAGCCACCAGGUGGCUCUAGCUAGCUAGCUACCACAACAACCAGGUGGCUCUAGCUAGCUAGCUACCACAACAACCUAGUGUUUGUAGCUAGCUGGCAGUCAACUGACACCGGUUGCACAUGGCUUGGUUCGAGGUGUUCUGCGUUUACCCGUGACGGAACGGGAGAACACAAGCAUGCAAUUCGAAAGACGAGCCCGUUUGUUGCUUUUAGACCGAACAUGAACCUGGAUUGAAUACAAGCCUGGAUUCAACCUGACACGGUAGACAAAGCAACAAUUACAGUGUUUUAGGAGAUUGUUCAAGGAAAAUAUUGCAGAUGUUGGUUCAUUCGAAAAUAACCUGGUAAUGUUGUUGAAAAUAUUCAAAUGUUUCCUAUAUAGAUUUGUAAAGAGAGAAAUAAGAUUCUAUAAAUUCUGUAAAGCAU